AUGCUUUCGGCUGCAGUGUGCCUGUGCGAGCAGCAGGCGCAGACGCAGCAGUCUUCCGGCGGGCCGGAGGAGCCGUCCGAGCCGUGCUCCACCUGCGACGUGCGCCAGCAAAUCAAAAGCAUGCGCCUGAACGCCAUCAAGUCCCAAAUUCUGAGCAAGCUGCGCAUGAAGGAGGCGCCCAACAUCAGCCGCGACGUGGUCAAGCAGCUCCUGCCCAGGGCGCCGCCGCUGCAGCAGCUGCUGGACCAGUACGACGUCCUGGGGGACGACAACCGGGAUGCGGUCGUGGACGAGGACGACGAGCACGCCGUCACCGAGACCAUCAUGAUGAUGGCCACGGAGCCCGACCCGGAGGUGCAGGCCAACGGCUCGCCCAAAUGCUGCCUGUUCACGCUGAGCCCCAAGUUCCAGGCGAGCCGCGUGUUGCGGGCGCAGCUGUGGGUGUACCUGCGGCCGGCCGAGGAGCCCACCGCCGUCUUCCUGCAGAUCUCGCGGCUGACGCCGGCGUCGGACGGCGGGCGGCACGUGCGCGUGCGCUCGCUCAAGCUGGACGUGAAGGCCGGGGCGGGCUCCUGGCAGAGCAUCGACGUCAAGCAAGUGCUGAGCGUGUGGCUGCGCCAACCCGACACCAACUGGGGCAUCCACAUCAACGCCUACGACAACGCCGGCAACGACUUGGCCGUCACCUCCGCCGAGCCGGGCGAGCAAGGCCUGCAACCCUUCAUGGAGGUGAAGCUGAGCGAGGGUCCGCGGCGCCUGCGCAGGGACUCGGGCCUGGACUGCGACGAGAACUCGCCGGAGUCGCGCUGCUGCCGCUACCCGCUCACCGUGGACUUCGAGGACUUCGGCUGGGACUGGAUUAUCGCGCCCAAACGCUACAAGGCCAACUACUGCUCGGGCGAGUGCGAGUACAUGCACCUGCAGAAGUACCCGCACACCCACCUGGUGAACAAGGCCAACCCGCGGGGGAACGCCGGCCCGUGCUGCACCCCCACCAAGAUGUCGCCCAUCAACAUGCUCUACUUCAACCGCAAAGAGCAGAUCAUCUACGGCAAGAUCCCGUCCAUGGUGGUGGAUCGCUGCGGCUGCUCUUGAGCCCCCAGCCCGCCCCCAGCCCAUCACGAGAGAGUAGGGAGCUGUUGAGGGGGCCUCCGCCCUGCAGGCUUUUCCACCCCCAAACACCAAUUCCAGUCUUUUUUCCUGGUGCGGUCGAGGCCCCGAUAAGCCCAAGGCGCUCACGCAGCUUACUGUCGCUUCCUUUCGCUCCUCCGCGAGGGAGACGCUAGCCAUAGACAACAAGGGUUUCGCAAUCAUCACUGGGCGCGGGCGCAUUUUUGGUGACCGUAUCUCAAAACAAAAACAAAACCCGGUCAUCUCCCGAAGAAGUGUUCACGCGAACGACGAUCCCGAAACACUUUCAUAUCACUUCACGCUUAACUUGGGUUGUCCGUAAAUGCCUGACAGACGAUUUGAUUUCACAAAUUGACAGAAGCAAAGACUUUCCACAACCUGAACGCCUCCCCAACACACUGAGCUCGUCUCUCAGUGCAGAUGUAUCACUUUAGCAUACAACGCACCCACGCUGAUUCACCGUAAUUGAAGAUUUG